ACAUUUCUUCUAGAUUUUGACGGAACGUAUUAGUCAGGCCGAACCCGUGCGUUUAUUGAAUUUUUAACUGAAAACCCUCUGUUUUAAUAAGUGUUCUAUCUCAAAAUGUCCAUGGCCGCUCCUUUGUCCAUUGCCGGAACCCGGCAGUCCGGAGCUUCAGUCCGAACUCAAAACGUUAUGGCUGCAAGUUCCAUUGCCAACAUCGUAAAGAGCUCUUUGGGUCCAGUUGGUUUGGAUAAAAUGCUCGUCGACGAUAUCGGUGAUGUCACAGUCACUAACGAUGGAGCAACUAUCUUGAAGCUUCUGGAAGUUGAACACCCAGCUGCAAAGGUUCUCGUUGAGCUGGCUCAACUGCAAGAUGAAGAAGUCGGUGAUGGUACCACAUCUGUUGUCAUUUUGGCUGCUGAACUGUUGAAGAACGCUGACGAAUUAGUUAAACAGAAAAUUCAUCCAACUUCAAUAAUCUCGGGAUACAGGUUAGCAUGCAAGGAAGCCUGCAAAUACAUUUCCGAGCAUCUAACUGCACCUGUCGAUGAACUUGGAAGGGAUUGUCUCAUCAACAUUGCAAAGACAUCGAUGAGUUCCAAGAUCAUCGGAGCCGAUGCUGAUUUCUUCUCUGCCAUGGUUGUGGAUGCUGCCCAAGCUGUAAAGAUUACUGAUCCUAAAGGCAACGCUGCAUACUCGAUCAAGGCCGUCAAUGUUCUAAAGGCCCAUGGUAAGUCAGCCAGGGAGAGUUUGUUGAUUCCCGGCUAUGCUCUCAACUGCACCAUUGCCUCACAACAAAUGCCCAAGAAGAUUGUGAACGCCAAGAUCGCCUGUUUGGAUUUCUCCCUCCAAAAAACCAAGAUGAAGAUGGGUGUUCAGGUUCUGAUCAAUGACCCCGACAAGCUAGAAGGUAUCCGUGCACGUGAAUUGGACAUUACCAAGGAGAGAAUUCAAAAGAUCCUUGCUACCGGAGUAAAUGUGAUCUUGUGUUCGGGAGGAGUUGAUGAUCUCUGCAUGAAAUACUUCGUUGAAGCUGGAGCCAUGGCUGUUCGUCGUGUUAAGAAAACCGAUUUGAAAAUUAUCGCCAAGGCAACUGGAGCCGCAUUCUGUACAUCACUUACAAACAUGGACGGUGAGGAGAGCUUUGAUUCGUCAAUGGUGGGUGAAGCUGCUGAAGUUGGACAGGAAAUGAUCUGUGAUGAUGAACUCAUUCUUAUCAAGGGUACAAAAGCGAGAGCUGCUGCUUCAAUUAUCCUCCGUGGACCAAAUGAUUUCUACUGCGACGAAAUGGAAAGGUCCAUUCACGAUGCUCUGUGUGUAGUGAAGAGAGUUUUGGAAAGCAAAAAGGUAGUCGCUGGUGGUGGAUGUGUUGAAGCUGCUCUCUCGAUUUAUUUGGAGAACUUUGCCACUUCAUUGAGUUCCAGGGAGCAACUGGCUAUUGCUGAGUUUGCCAAGUCUCUCUUGGUCAUUCCUAAAACUCUAUCGGUGAAUGCCGCCAAGGAUGCCACCGACUUGGUUGCCAAACUCCGUGCUUACCACAAUUCCAGUCAAACAAAAGCUGAGCAUGCUCACCUCAAGUGGACUGGUUUAGAUUUGAUUGAAGGUAUUGUGAAGGACAACAAAAAGGCUGGUGUCCUCGAACCGGCUAUGUCCAAAAUCAAAUCUCUGAAAUUUGCCACCGAAGCUGCUAUUACUAUCCUGCGAAUCGAUGACAUGAUCAAACUUAACCCCGAAGAUAAGUCUGGCAAAUCGUAUGCUGAUGCUUGUGCUUCGGGUGAACUCGAUGGAUAGAUUAGUGUUCCAAGUGCUAUUUCAUAGCGUUCUAUAUUAUUUUACUACUUAUUAAUUUUGUUUAGCCUUCACAAACCAACAUUUAUGUAUUGAUGCAUUUUUCGUACUCACAAUAAAAAAAAAAAAAAAACAUUAACACACAGAAUAAAAAUGUCCAAGUGGUCUUAAAAAACAAAACACAAAUGAA